GAUGAGAAGCAUUGUGAGAAAAGGAGAGCCACAGGAGCUACCUUUGUUUGAUUUUGAUAGCAUGGUAGUUGCUACCAACAACUUCAGCAUGGCUAAUAAACUUGGGCAAGGAGGAUAUGGGCCAGUUUAUAAGGGAAAGCUACAUGAUGGAACAGAUGUAGCAGUCAAGAGACUCUCUAGUAGCUCAGGACAAGGCCUAGAAGAGUUCAAAAAUGAAGUCAGUGGCUAUAUGUCUCCUGAGUAUGGAUUGGCUGGAAUAUUUUCUGAGAAAUCAGAUGUCUUUAGCUUCGGAGUUCUGCUAUUAGAGAUUGUUAGUGGCAAGAAGGUUACCAGAUUCCUCUAUCACGAUGAAUGUCUAAGCCUUCUUUCACAUGCAUGGCAACUAUGGAACAAAAGCAAGGAGCUAGACUUAAUUGAUGAAGCACUGGCUGAUUCAUUUUCCUCAACUGAAGUAAAGAGGUGCAUACAGGUUGCUCUUCUUUGUGUUCAGGACCAUGCUGAAAAUAGGCCAACCAUGGCAGCGGUGAUUUCCAUGCUAAGCAGUGAAACAGAGCUUUUGCAACCAAAAGAACCUGCUUUUACAUUCCAUAAUCCAUCAAAAUUUGAUCAACCUAAUGACAAUAAUCCAUGCUCAGUAUGUGAGGUUACUACGUCAGUUGCUGAAGGCCGAUGACUUCUAAUUAGUGGAACCCCAUUUUUUCACUACUAUUAUUAUUAUUGUUAUUGAGAUUCAUUUGUCAGAUUGAAAAAAAAAAAAAGAGAGGAAAAACCUGAUUCUGCAAAAUAUAUAAAUCUGAAAAUGUUGUAUCAGCCUGUUGUUGGCAUCAAUUGUCAUCAUUUAUUUGAUUGUUGCUGGAUUCUCUAGUCUUUGAACCUUUAUAAAUUGGUUGUUAAUUG